AUGUGUGAGAUUGCCCGUAAAGCUCUCAUCCUGCUGCUCUGUGGAGGACGUCCUUUCUCCUGGCUGAUCCACAUCGUCGCCACUUUCACCGUCCUGGGUGUGGUGCUGAUGCUGGCCAUCUUUGUACCUGAUAUCAGAAAUGUGUUUGGAGUAGUGGGAUCGACAACAUCCAGCUGUCUGUUGUUUAUCUUCCCUGGAAUCUUCUACCUGAGGAUGAGCAGACAACCGCUCAGAUCCUUUGACUCCAUCGGGGCUGUGAUGUUGAUGGUGUUCGGCUUAAUUAUGGGACUCACCAGCUUCUCAGUCAUCGUCAUUACGUGGGCACAGAGCUCCUAACCCCCACUCGCAAGUGUAUGAGCAAUGAAAGGGAAAAAAAAACGUGCCAAAAAAUCCAAGUACUGAAUAUCAGAAGAUGCUUAUGUUUAUUAUACAGUUGACCUGAGGUUUUACUGACCAAACAUCAGAUUCAUCUUAAUUUUUUUUUAUGUGGCUGAAACGAAGAUGACAGAUGGAUAACAUUUACUCCGAGUUGCCCGUUACCUAUUCUUGUUUUCUUUUUUUAACUUGCUGACAGCCAGUGUGUUUAUCUAUGUGGGUGAUCAUGCACCUUAUCUUUACAAUCUCUGUACAUAUGUGUGAAAAUGUUUUGUCUGAACCAUAAAUGUGUCAAGUUUACUUCUCGCUUAGAUUUUUGCAGAUAACAAUGGCUUAUUAACUUCACCGGAUUUAUGGCUACGUCUUUUUAUUUUGUUCACUUUAAGCUCUUCAGCUUUUUUAUGUUUUUAAUCCGUGUGUUGAUUUGCCACUCCACUUAAAAACCUUCAGAUCUCAGGUUUAAAUGGUUCUGCUGCUACUUUGUAUGCUCUAUAAACGAGUUUGUUUGGACCAGUUAAUUAUUAUAUACUCCAUGUGGUUAUAAUGUAAUAUCAUGUCAUCCUUCAUAUUUGGGGCAUGUAAUAAAAGGGAAAUUGUUUCUUCACUGA